AUGCUUCCUCUCAGCACCAUCGAGGGCAAGGAAACUGAGGAUGUGCAGACCAAGCCGCCGGAGAGAGGAGUCUUGCUUUCUGAGAACCCUGAUGAUCCACCAAAGAAGCCCAUCAGAAUGAAGGGAACCAUGUUAUUCAGAGCCCUGCCGCUCUGCCCCGUGAUUCCCUGGACAUCUGCGGAGCCGGCCUUGCCCGGGCGCCAAGGACAAGCGCUGAGCACGCCCGCCCGCUCGCGCCCAGCGGCCCAGGCAGAACCCGGGUCCGGAGGUCAGGCCUGUCGUGUCAUGAUGCUGCCUCUCAGCACCAUCGAGGGGCAGGAAACCGAGGAUGUGCAGACCAAGCCGCCGGAGAGAGGAGCCCUGCUUUCUGAGAACCCUGAUGAGCCGCGAAAGAAGCCCACUGGAAUGAAGGGAAGGCUGUCAUUCAAGGUCCUGCCGUUCUGUCCCAUGCCAAGUGUUUGCUUCACCUAUUACUUGGAACCGGAUGACUCUGACGCGGAUUCCCAGUUUCCUCCUGAACCUUCAAAACCUGACCCAAAUUGCACCUUUGUUCCUCUGCCUGUGUUAGAGUUUCGUGAAAUCAAGGUGUGCGAAUGUCCCCUGUGCUGUCUCAGCUUUGUCACUGCUUCCUAAUACCUGAGGUCCCUCUGCGUCCUGCUCUUGACUCAGCACCCCGGAAUCAUGCAUGCUGGGCUACUGUGAUGCAAAAUCCCAACAUACAGCUGCUGAAAUAAACCAAACUUG